AUGGCAAGCGCGCUCUUCAUCGGAACGCGUGACGGGCUGUACGCCUCGCGGGCGCUGCGGAACAUGCCGCACGCCGCGUUUGAGGACGAGAUUGGCGCGGCGCGGGCGGCGCUCGAGACCGCGAGCAGGAGCGGUGGAAGCUACGGUGCAGGCGCGGCGCCGCGGCGAGUUGCCUCGCUCGACCACAUCAUCAAGCUCAAGGCCGAUUCGCGGCAGCACUCGCUGUUUGUUCUCACGGGCGGGGCGUCAGGUCGUCUCUUUGAGUUUUCGCUCACUGAGCUCCUUGCGGGCCUGCCGGCGGUGGUGACCAUGAUUCCCCACUCGCGCGGCGUCUCGACCUUUGACUGCGGCUGGGUUGGCGCCAAGUUCUUUGUCUGCGCCGCGUCGGACGAUAAGGUCCUUGUGUACACUGUCCGGUCCGACGGCUCGUACCGCGAACAGGAGACGCUGGUGCUCCCGUCGCGGAUCUCGGCCAUCACACUCACUCAGUACGGCGUGCUGGUGGGGACGGAGGAGGUCGAGGCCACACCUGCGCAGGUCAUGUUCUUCUCGUUUGAGGCCGAGCGGACGUUUCUCUACGAUCCAGUGUACGUGGUGGACCGCCCAGGAGCCGACGCCGGGGCAUCGUCAUCGUCUACGGGUGCGGCAGGCGCGAGCACUGCGCCGCUGCUGCUGGCGUCGUCGACACUCACCGAGUCGUGGUCGGACCUGGUUGAGUUUCAUGCGCCGGAGCGAGUCCUUGCCUCGCGGCCGAUUGACAUCCUAGUCACGCCGUACGGCGUCGUUCUCUGUUUUGCGCGGCUCGGCGUUUUGCUCACGCCCGACGGGCGGGUCGAGCACGAAAUCGCGUGGUCGGGCGAAGCUGUGGCCUUUGCUGUGGCUGGCGCCUUUUUCGCCGUCUACUACCGCACCUUCCUCGAAGUCCGCACCCUCGCAUCGGGCGCAUUGGCGCUGCUCUUCCUCGCCUCGGACACUGUCGACGGCGAGCUCCUCACUCCGGAGCUCUUCCAUCUUCAGCCGGUGGUAGCGGUCAACUACUCGUCGCCAGAGGCCGAGGCUCUGGUCCGGCCGGCUCUCCAGGCCGAGGCGGCCGCAGGCGCGGCACCCGACGACGAGGUCAGCGGCAGUGGCGGCGACCUCGAGGCUUCGGCAGCGGUCGAGCCGUCGGGCGAGGCCGACGCUGUCGACGUUAACGCCCUCACCGCCAUGUGGGAGACCAAGUUUGGUUCGUGA